AUUAAAUUGACACAGGGUUUGGUAACUUUAGCUUUUUGGGUUGGCUACGUACCGAAUCCUAGGUUAUGUUUGAAAUUUUCAAAAGUCGAUUUUAAAUUUACAAUUUAAUAAAAUGUCUAUGAACCAAUAUAUGCACCCCCGAAACAUCUACAAACAGCCCCCCAACUUCAAACAGUUAGCAAUAGAGUACCCCGAAUUUCGCAAAUAUACCACUCAGGACGUGUCAGGGAAAGUCACGAUUGAUUUUAAGAACGUUGAGGCUCUUCGGGCUCUCACUUGCACUCUUUUAAAGAAAGAUUUUGGCUUAAAUGUGGAAAUUCCGGCUAACAAACUCAUCCCAACAAUCCCACUAAGACUGAACUACAUUUUAUGGAUUGAAGAUUUAUUAGACCUAGCCGGAAAGCCCGAAAAUGUUAGAGGAAUAGACAUCGGGACUGGGGCUUCCUGUAUUUACCCCUUACUCGCAGCGAAAAAAUCCCCGUGGUCAAUGAUAGCCACCGAAAUUGACCCUGAGAGCAUCAAAUAUGCCACCAACAACGUUAAAAGCAACAAUCUUGAAGCGUUAAUCACAGUCGUUGAAGUAAAAAAAGACAGUUUACUCGACGAAGUCUUGCAGAAACAUUUAGGAGACUUCAAUUUUUGUAUGUGCAACCCCCCGUUCUUUUCAACAACCCAAGAACUGCACCCCUUUUUCAAAGCCCGGAAACAGAAUCGUCCACACCCCAAAAACGCAUUUUGCGCCUCUGUUGACGAAGUCGUGGCUACGGGGGGCGAAGUCGAGUAUAUUUCACGCCUAAUCAAUGAGAGUAAAACAUGGGGGCUCAGAGUCACGAUUUAUACUACAAUGGUGGGCCACAAGUCUUCUCUCCCACCGUUGAAAAAACUGAUAAGGGAGAUUGGGGUUGUCAGUUUUAAACAAACGGAGUUUUGUCAAGGGCAUACGACUCGGUGGGGCCUAGCUUGGACUUUCCAUGAUAUUGAUUUAACGAAAAUCCCUGAUUCUUUGGUUGCUGCUAAACAGAAAUUAACUAAACCACUUUUGUAUCAAGUGCCAAAAACCGACGACUCGGAAUACAAAGUUAGUUUCAUUUGUGAAAGACUUGUUAAAAUUUUUAAACAACUCCAAAUGGAUUUUCAAGAAAUCAAGCAUGUUAAAAAUUUAGUAGAGUAUGUUAUUGUGGCAUAUUCGGACACUUGGUCGCAUCAGAGGAGGAAAAGGCGAGAAAAAUUAAGACUCAGCGAUGAAAUGAAAAAAUGUGGUAAUAAUAAUUUAGACAGUCCUGAAAGAAAUGAGGUUUGUGAAAAGUUGGCCGAGUUGGGGGUUAAUGGGUCUCCAUCGAAUAAAAGGGCGCUUGACGAGGAUUGCGGGUUUUAUAAUGCGAAGAAACGAAAAACUGAAUUAGAUGAAUGUAACUCGGAGAAGAUUUAUCUGAAGGCUAAAAUUAGUGUUGCAAAAAUUGAGGAUUGUAUUGGGCUGGAAUUGCUUUUUUUUGAGGGAAAGGGUACGAAAGAGGCUUUACAUCAAAUUCUUCAAUUUGUUAAAAAUAAUUUGAUGAAGGAUGAAUUGUAAUUUUUUUUACCAUUAUGUAGAAUAAUUAUUUAUUUUAGUUUAAGAAUAUAAGUAUAUUUUUGUUAUUGUGGGAAUAAUAAACGAUUCUCAAA